AUGAACUCAAUCAAUGCCUGCCUGUGGGGAUAUUAUUUCACGCAGUCAAUAAAAGGAGACCAACUGCAUCGACUAGCGCUUGAAGUAAUGAAGUCCAUCGAAGAGGCAGGAUUCCAAGUGGUCCGACUUGUAGCUGACAACCACGCUUCGAACACAAAGAUGUUCACCAUAUUCGGGAGUGGUCAAAUGAUGCCAGUUGUGCCACACCCAAUGGACAAUAAUCGGAAGCUAUUCCUUGCUUUUGACCACUGUCAUAUCCUGAAAAAUCUCCGCAACCAGUUGCUGUCCGCCAAUCGAGUGCUGUGUAACAAUGGACGGUACUACAGCCCCAAGUAUUUACGAAUGCUGCUGGACAUAACGGAAAAACAGUCGUCGUUCAAGCUUGUUCGGAACCUGACACGGAAGCACGUUUACCCGACAAACUUCGAGAAAAUGAGCGUGAAGAGGGCCCUUGAAGUGUUCUCUCCACAGGUUACAUCUGCACUACGAUACCUCAUGCAAUACGGCCGAAGAUUUGGCAUUUUCGGCUUCGAAGACUGCCUGCCAACCAUCGAGUUAAUGGAAAUGAUAUUCAAGUGGUUCACAAUACACAACAUCAGGAAUACAACCUUCCACAUUGUAAGCCGGGACCGAAACAGGAUGCCGUUCAGUUCCGCAGAUGAUGACAGGUUGUUAUGGCUGGAACAGGAAUUCUUGCCCUUUUUCGCUGCAUGGAAAGCCGCGGCACCGCACAAGAAGGCAUUCAUUUCACUUGAGACAUACGAAGCUCUGCAGCUGACCACAAUAUCCACAGUACAGUGCACACAAUUUCUUAUCCGUUCCGGUUUCGUAUACGUGUUGACUGCAAAAUUUUCCAGCGACCCUGUAGAAGCACUUUUCUCUACCAUUAGACAGCUACAGGGAUCCAACGAUCAGACAGACGCUCGUGCUGCGCUUUCAUCCCUGCAGAAAGUCCUAGUGAUGGGAUUGAUUCACUCUUCGCCAAGCGGAAGUACGGAGCAAGCAACAUGUCCUCUUGGAUCCCCCAAUGCAAGUCAGGCGUCGUGUUCCAGAGCACCAGACGCAAAACCUCAUCAAAGGCACAAAGAAGCACACCAAAAAUUUGGGUCAUCAGACGACUGUGAGGCAGCGAAAUCUGCUUCUAUGACACAAACGAUGCGGCCACAUCUGGAAGCCCUGCACACUUACGGUGGUCCCCCACAGCCGGGCAUUAGGGCCAGCACGCUUGGCCUUAUAGCGGGAUUCCUGGUCAAGGCAGCUGAGGACUGCAUCAGUUGCGAUCAAUGCAUCGACAAAAUCAAGGCUCCCAGCUCGUCUGGCCCCGCAACUGCUGUCAUAUUCAACUUAGACAGGGGAGGGCUCUCAUACCCAACGCUUUCAUUUCUUUCCUUUGUGGGCACUCUAGAAAGGGCAGCGGAAGCAUUCGCGCCACUGGCCAUCUGCAAAAAGAGGCCGAUGGCACUUUUUGUGCAAACAGUGCUACCUGCAGUGGCCUUGAACCCGCUUUUCAGCCAUGAAGGUGCUACAAGAGAGCACCGAGAAGCCAUCGCGCGGCUGGUCUUGCAGAAAUUUAGCCGUCCUUUUUUCUCGAACUACGUGCGCGACAAGACAACCAAAGAGGGAAAGGCAAAGAGGAUAGCUGAAAAGCCAAGAUGUCGCAAGAUUUUCAGAGUUUAA